UACUAGAUUAUAUAGUCUCAAGAAAGCAUUUAAAGACCUUUCAAGUUAUUAUAAGUUCUCGGUUGACAAUAGUUGGUCGAUAGAUCAAAUUGUUGACAUAUUUUUUUGACAAUUUGUGGCUACGUCAUUAUCGAAGAAAGUACUGUAUCUGCAUGGUUACGAUGGGCGAACCUCUUACAUUAGCGAAUGAUGUUAAAAGAUCUAUUGAAUUAUUAGACAAAUUACAAAAAGGUGGUGAAGUACCUGCAACAAAAUUAGCUGCUUUACAAAAAGUAUUGCAAAGUGAUUUUCUUAGUGCUGUACGUGAAGUAUAUGAACAUGUAUAUGAAACUGUAGACAUUCAGGGAUCUCAAGAUGUUCGUGCAUCAGCUACAGCAAAAGCAACAGUUGCUGCUUUUGCAGCAAGUGAAGGUCAUGCACAUCCGCGAGUAGUAGAAUUACCAAAAACUGAAGAAGGUCUUGGUUUUAAUGUAAUGGGUGGUAAAGAACAGAAUUCGCCAAUUUAUAUUUCACGAAUUAUCCCUGGUGGUGUUGCUGAUCGUCAUGGUGGUUUAAAACGCGGUGAUCAACUUCUUUCAGUUAAUGGAGUGUGUGUUGAAGGAGAAAAUCAUGAAAAAGCAGUAGAAUUAUUAAAACAGGCUCAGAAUUCAGUGAAAUUGGUUGUACGAUAUACUCCGCGUGUUUUGGAAGAAAUGGAAUUACGAUUUGAUAAACAAAGAGCUGCACGUAGGCGUCAACAUAUGCAAUAAAAGUAAAAAAUUGUUAUAUUCAUUACUUUUUUUCAAUAAAUUAACCAUAUAUAUAUAUAUAUAUUAAUAUUUAAUUAAUUAAUCGUUUUAAUUUUAUCUUCAUUUUAUAUUAUAAAAUUGUUCAUAUAUUGACUUUUAUGAAAAUAAGAGUUAAAUUAAUACUUUAUAAUUAUUUAAUAGAUUUAAAUUUAACAAUACUUUAUAAUUAUUGUAAUUAUUGCUGUUUUUUAUGUCCUGAAAAAAUAUUGUGUAUAAAUGUUAUAUAGUUUUAAAAAAUAAAUUUGAAAAAUAAAAUAAAA